GGUUUCCGCUUCCGGCGGCGGAUUGUUGACGCCCGCCGCUGCUGUGGUGGCUGCCGAGCGGUUGGGGAGGGGCUGCCGAGGGAGAGCGACGGCGCAGUGACAGGCAGCGCGGAGGUGGCCUCCGAGGCGACGAUGGCAGAAGGGCCCGAGGAAGCCCGGAGCCGCCCUCCGGGACAGGACGGCGGCGGCGGCGACCACGAGCCGGCCCCUUCCGGGCCUGGCUCUCCCGCCGCGGGGCACCCGGCCGUCUCCGAGCCCGCGCCGGAGCCGGAGCCCGAGCCGCCGCGAGAGCUCCGGAAGCGCCGGGAGGCGGCCGCGGGGCCGCAGGAGCCGGGGGGCUGCGAGGCGUCGGACGGGCCGGGGCGUCUGAGCGCGCGCGAAUACUCGCGGCAGGUGCACGAAUGGCUGUGGCAGGCCUACUGCGGCUACCUCACCUGGCACAGCGGCCUGGCCGCCCUCCCCGCCUACUGCGGCCCGCAGCCCGCCGCCCCGCAGCCCGCAGCCCCGCCGCCGCCCCCGCCGCCGCCGCCGCAGCUCGCCUACUACAAUCCCUUCUACUUCCUGAGCGCCGCGGGCCCCGGGCCGGGGGCGGCCACGGCCACGGCCACGGCCGGGGCCACCCCGACCGCCGUCGCCGGCCUGACGCCCCGGGCCCCGCACGUGCAGCCGUCGGGACGGGCGGCCCCCGGGACUAGGGUAGGCUCUGCGGCCCCUGCACGGACUGCGAGCGACACCGCACGGCAGGCGGGCAGAGAGUAUAUCAUUCCAUCCUUGGCACACAGAUUUAUGGCAGAGAUGGUGGAUUUUUUUAUUCUCUUCUUUAUAAAAGCUACCAUUGUCUUGAGCAUCAUGCAUCUCAGUGGGAUAAAGGACAUCUCUAAGUUUGCCAUGCAUUAUAUAAUAGAAGAAAUAGAUGAAGACACAUCAAUGGAAGACUUGCAGAAAAUGAUGAUUGUGGCACUUAUAUACAGGUUGUUAGUUUGUCUCUAUGAGAUAAUUUGCAUUUGGGGAGCAGGAGGAGCUACUCCAGGAAAGUUCCUGCUAGGGCUUCGAGUUGUGACCUGUGAUACAUCGGUACUGAUUGCUCCAAGUCGGGUUUUAGUGAUUCCUUCCUCAAAUGUUAGCAUCACAACGUCCACCAUACGAGCUUUGAUCAAGAACUUUUCUAUUGCUUCUUUUUUUCCUGCUUUCAUCACACUGCUGUUUUUUCAGCAUAACCGAACAGCCUAUGACAUUGUGGCAGGAACCAUUGUGGUAAAAAGAAAUGGGGUCAGGUGAUGCCCCAGAGCCCUGAACUCCACUCUUUGGAAAAAUAAUGACGACUAAAUUAUGUAUCGAGGCCAUCAGUAUCUCUAGGUUACAUUAAUUGAUGAUUUAAAAACUAGGGCAGUCACUACAGUGUUGACACAGGAUUAUUCUGAAAGUGUUGACUGUACUUAAAUGUCAAGGAACUUUUCUAGAAGGAAAACCUAUUAAAUUCGAGUGUUAAAUAUUUGUAGGACAACAAAGCAAAUGGUUUUGAUCAAUAUAGACAAAUACAUACUUUCACAUUUAAGAUAAUCAAACUUCGCUAGAAGCAUUUUUGGCUUUAAAUUGUCCAUUUUAUUUUGGCAUAACCUAGAAGUGAUUGAAAACUGUCCAGUUGUGUUUUAUAAACACCUACAUACAUAAUAACUCCCACAGUUCUUACAGAAGUUGCUUUGUAUGGGCAUUGAGAAAGAGCAUUAACUCGACAACCCACUGACUCCGUAACAGGUGUUAGAGAAAAGGGCUAGAGAGGAAGGUCUAGCAGUCUCCUUGCCUCAUGCUUCCAGGAUGUUCUAGAAUUCAAUGCAGUAGUGGUGGAAUUUUACAGCUUCUUACUGCUUAUGUAUUUGAAGGCAAGAAUUUUCAUGAUGAUGAAAAUGUAUUGAAUCAUAUCAUUGAUACUUUAAAAAGGUAAGUUAGUGAUUGCCUUCUGUGGGGGUGGGGAUGUGAAUUUCCUAUGUAAAUUCAGCUUAGACUUCAUGUACCCUAAAACCCAACUAUAAAUAUGUGGGGGGAGACAUUCAAACAUUCCCAUGUGUGCUCUCCAGUGUUCUGAAUGUACCUGUAGAUUAUAUUUCUGUACAAGCAAACUCCUAAGACACUAUAUUCUAUACAGUUCCAUGAAUGUCAAAACAUCAAGGUAUUAGUCUUAGUAUUUUGUGAGUAACUCUAAAUACUAGCAGCCUGUGAAAUAUUAGCUGUUUUCCAUGCUGACUUGUUCUCUCUAAAGCAAGGCAGCAGAGCAUCUCCUCUGCACACUAUUCUAGCUUCUUUAAGCUCAUUUUGGGCCUGCUAGAGAUGAAAUUUGGAGGGAAAUGUUAAGCUUUUGUGUAUGGUCACUGUACUUUGAUCUGUUGGUGCAACAUUAUCAAGUUUAUGUCUGUGUGGUUUUGUUGUGUCCCAGUUAGCUAGCUGUACCGAAAUGUACCCACAUCGUGUAUAGCUUACUUUCUUACUCAUUCUUGUAUAUAAUUUUCCCAAGAAACACUAAAUUAAUUGUAUGGUACAAGAGAUCAGUCUUGUUCCUGGGUUUUAAAUAGCAAAAAUAAGCCAUGUGUUAUUUACUGUAUCAACUUUCAGUGGGCUUUCCUUUGACAUUUAAAACUGAAAAAUAUCUAUAGACACUUUAAGAAUCUAGUAAGUAUUGAGUUCAUAAACCAUGGUUUUUCAAACUUCACAGAAAGCCUGUUACUUGUCAAGAGCAGUGCAUGGAGCACUUGUGGCCCUGGCAAGAUUUCAUGGCUCUCAAACUUAACACUAUGAAUCAGGAAAACUGGUGUGGACACUAUUUUUGCCACUAAUGAGGGAGUUUACGUUGAAAUGUGCUUCACCCGUGUACCUGUGGAGUAUUUGAUUAAUAGUUUCCUACUCAGAUUAUUGUAGUUCUCACUAGGGUAUCACUAGGGUAUUUUUAUUUAUGCAGGAAAAUAAACAAGUAGUUAUGCUAUAGACAAGUUAUUUAGAUCCAACUGUGGAUUCAAGUUGUUCCAUACAGGCUAUAGAGGCUUUGUCUCUAUAAUAAAACCUCAAUCUGGAGAAAGGGGAACCUGCCACGUAUUCUCAUUGUAAAAUGGAGGCUCCUUCACAGAAAAUGAGUAUAUUCAAUUAUAUAUAAAUACAGAUUUCCUGUGUCUCAUUGUGAAGCUAUAUCCUAAAAGGGCAAACUGAAGUCAGAAACUGAAACCACCUUAGUCUGAGCAACUGCGAAGAGGGUUAGGCAGUGAGAUAGGCUUGGUACUCAGCCACCCCACAACACUGGUGUGUUCUAUGAUGAGUACACACACAGAACACUGGUGUGGCUAUCUUGGAGUAGGAUGUUCUACCUUCUAGGUAGGUAAUAGUGCGAUGACAAGCCUUACUUUACCUAGCUUCUUUCUGUGACCAUAACACUUGCCACUUGACAGUAUUCUAAAGCAGUGCCCAACUCCUUCUCCAGCGCUGACUUAAUUCUCCCUACAUGGCACUUACCUGCUAAUCUCCAAGAAGGCAUCCUAGCUGAUGGCCACUUUGUCCAUGCCUCAAAAAUGAAUCUUCAAAGGAUCUUAAACAUGGAUUUGAGUGUUUCACUUACUCACCUGUUUCUGGCAAAUAAAGUUUCUCAUUGUUUCUUUGAGGACAAUGCCUAAAUUAACAGUAUUCCUAAACUGUGACAAGUACUUUCAGCUUCUUACAAUCCUCCAUUUACAUAACCAAAGACCAGUGUUGUCGUGCCUGGGUGAAGUUUGUUAUGUGCAGAUUUCCUUGUAGGGGGCUUGCCCCGCAAACAGUAUCUAAUGACCCACCUGUACAUAAAACUCAGCAUUCUAUUUUUAAUACUUGUAUGUCACCAGUUUGUAUUUUUUUUUGUCUCAAUAAAUGUGUCAACGUGUU